CUUCACUCCGCCCCCCUGGCGCGCUGCCCGCCUCCCCAAGCCCAGAGCGCACUCAGCUCCUUAGUACCCUCCUCUGCCCGCCGCAUAGCAUGAGCUCUCUUCUGUCUAAGCGGACGCGUAACGAUACAGAUGGUUAUAUUACGGUUUCCCGCUUUGUGCUGACCGAAACUGCUGUUGUUUAGGAAAAAUCUCCCCACUGCUACCGGUUGUGUGUUUUUGGACGCGCCAUGCAAUCUCGUUGGUGGAGUUGGGGCAUUCGGCUGGUGGCAUGGACGUGCGUUUGGACUCUGGCAAUGCUCGGAGCUUGCUGCAUCCCCGCAAAUGAAGUUAACCUGCUGGAUUCUCGUUCUGUGAUGGGAGAUCUUGGAUGGGUGGCCUAUCCUAAGAAUGGGUGGGAGGAGAUUGGGGAAGUGGACGAAGACUAUGCUCCCAUCCACACCUAUCAAGUGUGCCGGGUCAUGGAGCAGAACCAGAACAACUGGCUCCACACCAACUGGAUCCUGACAGAGGGUGCCCAGCGGGUCUUCAUUGAGCUCAAGUUCACCCUGAGAGACUGCAACAGCCUACCGGGGGGUGUCGGAACCUGCAAAGAGACUUUUAACAUGUAUUACUACGAAACGGAUGGGGACGAGGAGGAAAUGGAGGAAGGAGAGAUGAGGGAUGCAACCGGGAUGACGGAGGAGGAAGACAGGGUGAUGAAGGAGAGCAGGUAUAUCAAAAUUGACACCAUAGCAGCUGAUGAGAGCUUCACUGAGCUGGACCUGGGGGACCGCGUGAUGAAGCUCAACACCGAAGUCCGGGACUUAGGUCCCUUGACCCGGAAGGGCUUCUACCUGGCAUUUCAGGAUUUGGGGGCCUGUAUUGCUUUAGUUUCUGUGCGUGUUUUCUACAAACGCUGCCCGUUUCUCGUGAAGAGUUUGGCCGAGUUCCCAGACACCAUCCCAGGUUCAGAGGCCUCCCAGCUGGUGGAGGUGGUGGGCCACUGCGUCAACAACUCCCUGCCUUUGUAUGAGCCUCCCAGGAUGCAUUGCAGCACAGAGGGAGAAUGGCUGGUACCCAUUGGAAAAUGUGUGUGCCAAACUGGAUUUGAAGAAAUCAAUGGGUCCUGUCAAGUCUGCAAAGUGGGGUUUUACCGUUCGCUGCUGGAGUCUUCAGCCUGCAGUAAAUGUCCACCCCACAGUGUGGCCAGGCAGGCAGGAGCCACCGCUUGCACAUGUGAGGAUGGGUACUACAAGAUUGACUCCGACCCUCCCAAUAUGGCCUGCACACGACCUCCCUCCGCUCCUCGUAAUGCCAUCUCCAAUGUCAAUGAGACCAGCGUCUUCCUGGAGUGGUCCAUUCCCAUGGAAACAGGAGGCAGGAAGGAUGUGCGCUACAACAUCCUGUGCAGGCAGGUCCUGCCAGAUGGAAGGGGCUUGGAGGAAUGCGGUCCCAAUGUACGCUUUCUGCCACGACGUGUCGGCCUGUCAAACACCUCUGUGAUGGUGGCCGACCUGCAGUCACACACAAACUACAGCUUCCUGCUGGAGGCUGUCAAUGGGGUGUCCGAGCUGGCCAAAGACCAUGCAAAGCAGUAUGUGUCACUUAAUGUGACAACCAAUCAGGCAGCACCAUCCCCAGUGAGUGUGGUAAGAAAAGGUCAUACAGGGAAGAGCAGCAUUGGCCUUUCCUGGGCUGAGCCUGAUCGCCCUAACGGCAUCAUCCUGGAGUACGAGAUCAAGUAUUUUGAAAAGGAGCAAGACUCCAGUUACACUAUUAUCAAAUCCAAGGAGACUGAGAUGGUGGUGGAAGGCCUGAAGCCCUCUUCAGUCUACAUCUUUCAGGUGCGAGCCAGGACCUCGGCAGGCUAUGGAGCGUUCAGCCGACGUUUUGAAUUCCAGACCAGCCCUUACCUAACAGCUACCAGUGAGCGUGCUCAAGCUUCGAUAGUAGCCGUGGCCAUCACAUUGGCUCUGGUCCUACUGGCAGUUGUUGCUGGAUUCCUGUUAAGUGGACGGCGUUGUGGCUAUAGCAAAGCAAAGCAGGAUCCUGAAGAAGAGAAGAUGCACUUCCACAACGGUCACAUUAAGUUCCCGGGGGUGCGUACCUACAUCGACCCCCUCACCUACGAAGAUCCCAACCAGGCAGUGCAUGAAUUUGCCCAGGAGAUUGAUGUCUCGUUCAUUUCCAUAGAGAGGAUCAUCGGAGCCGGGGAGUUUGGCGAGGUGUGCAGCGGACCGCUGAGGCUGCCAGGGAAGAGAGAGAUCCAGGUUGCCAUUAAGACCUUAAAAGCAGGUUACACAGAGCAGCAGAGACGUGACUUCCUGUGGGAGGCGUCAAUCAUGGGCCAGUUUAACCAUCCAAACAUCAUCCGUCUGGAGGGAGUGGUCACCAAGAGCAAGCCAGUGAUGAUCAUCACUGAAUACAUGGAGAAUGGAUCACUGGACACUUUCUUAAAGAAAAAUGAUGGUCAGUUUACUGUAAUCCAGCUGGUUGGUAUGCUGCGUGGAAUUGCAUCUGGCAUGAGAUACCUGUCCGACAUGGGCUAUGUCCACCGUGAUCUUGCAGCUCGUAACAUCCUGGUCAACAGCAACCUUGUUUGUAAAGUUUCUGACUUUGGCCUGUCCCGAGUCCUGGAAGACGACCCAGAGGCUGCGUACACCACGCGGGGCGGGAAAAUUCCCAUUCGCUGGACGGCUCCAGAGGCCAUCGCGUACAGGAAGUUCACCUCAUCCAGCGAUGUGUGGAGUUACGGAAUUGUCAUGUGGGAAGUGAUGUCAUACGGGGAGAGGCCAUACUGGGAGAUGUCCAAUCAAGAUGUAAUAAAAGCAGUGGAGGAGAGCUACAGGUUGCCAGGUCCUAUGGACUGCCCUGAGGCUCUGUACCACCUAAUGAUGGACUGUUGGCAGCGAGAACGCAGCAACCGCCCCAAGUUUGAUGAAAUUGUCUGUCUACUAGACAAGCUCAUUCGCAACCCCAGCUCAUUAAAAAAAUUGGUCAACUCCUCGCACAGGGUUUCUAACCUGUUAGUGGAGCAUGCCAGUGAGGACGGGGGCCACAGCACUCGGAGCCAGACCGUAGGGGACUGGCUUGACUCCAUCAAGAUGGGUCGUUACACUGAGCUCUUCAUGGAAGGAGGUUAUUCUUCACUGGAGACAGUAGCUCAGAUGACAUCAGAAGAUCUUCGAAGAGUAGGUGUGAACCUGGCUGGACAUCAGAAAAAAAUCAUCACUAGUAUUCAGGAGAUGAGAGUUCAUAUGAACAACACCAACUCUACUGUAAACAUCUGAUGCAUAUGUACAGGCACGUGCACACAUACACACACACACAUACAUACACACACACACAUAAUAUACACACUACAUAUGGACCUAUGUGUGACGAAAAGACUCAAAUUUGCUGUUGGACCUAGAGCGGCUUAGCACUUUCUACAGACAAGGAAACCUUGGGUUUAUGGAUCUAAACUGGAGGAUCCACAUUUUUGUGGUUCUUGAGUGUGGCGUUUGGUUGUGGUGUCAUUGAGGAGAUUUGACACUGCAGCACUAAAACCAAACUGAACUGAACUGAGUGGCGCUACAUGAAGGGAAGAUCUUGGUAAGCUAAAUUGAACUGGAAUCAAGUGAAGACUUUUCAUUCUAAUUAUUCGGUUUGUGUGAAUCUUGGGGAUUCUGAUAUCUUUGUGCACUGUUUGGAUUCUCUCAGAUCAAAUAUGAAACCACAAGUAUGUCUCUGAGAGCAAACCGGCACUUUUGGCUGUAUCACAGAUAUGACAGCUUCAUGCAGUGGGAUCAAAGUGAACUUUUUUAGAAUGUCUCAGGUGAUCUGAACCCAGUGGAUCCGAACAGUAAUGACUCUUUUCUCUGGAAUUACAGUUCCAUUACAAGUAAUUAAAUUUUUUCUCAGGCAGGACAAACAUGUAAUAAUGGACCAAGAGCAAAAUCGUAGUUUUAGUCUUUGCUUUGACAUGCUGAUGUGCUUUGGAUUUAUUAGUUUAAUUGUUGGCCUUUUGGCAGGUCUUCAUGCAGCACGAAUGCAGUUGCAAUCCAGCUGUACAGCUCACAGAGGGCGUACUCGUAUUCAACAUCAUAUAUGUCAUUAUCUUCCAAAGCACAUGUUGCAACAUUCUUUGUUAAAAACAUUUAAAUUUAAAAUACAGUGCAAUUAGUGACUAGAUGUGUUUGGAUCUUUUUGAACCUAUAAAAGUAUGAAAAGAUGAAAGGCUUAAGGUGUUCGGAUACUCUCUAUAUCUGUUAUUCUGGCUGAAUGUAUAGCACUACACAAUGCUCAGUUGCAGCAUCAACCUGUUAUGUUUAUGCUGUCAAAUAGGGAUAGAAUGUGGCAAUAGAACCAUUCUUGUCCUUCAUACCAGCUUCCAAAUGACGCCGCAGAUUGUGUAAGAGAUUCAGCUUUCUGUCAUCUUUGCUCUCAAAAUCUGUAGCAAUCUUCACUGAGAUCUUGAUGGUUUCAUACAGAAUUCAUUCAAUCAACUCCUAGACCAUGAAGAUUUAAAAUGAAAGUUGUUUCAAACACUGGACACGUUUCUUUCAGUGGAACUUUCACUCAGGUUCCUGGUAGCCUUUGUGCAGGUUCUUGCGUCAUCAAGACGCACUUCACUUGUAACCUAACAGAAAUAUUUACUGAGAUUCUACUGGAACCUUUGCUCAGACACUAAUGGAUCCCUCACCUAGAUUCUGAUGAACCUUCAUGCCGGUUAUACGUCAGACAUUCAAAUGGGACAGACACAAAAGGCACUUCCAGAAGAACUGAACUGGAUCCAUCCAAUUUUCAUUUCAUUCUUGUAAAUUCAUGGAAAGUUCAGUCAAUCCUGAUCAGACGUUCAUGAAGGGAUUACCCAGAUUCUAUCGGGACUGUUUACUGAUAUUACAAUGGAAUCCUUUGCUCAGAUUCUAAUAGAAUCUCUCGUAGGAUCCCAAUGCAGCCUUCACCCAAGAGUGCACUCAGAAUUUCAAGGAGCCUUUACUUAGAACCAACAACCUUCAGGUACCGCAGAAAACCCUCAGCAAUCUAUUCAGUUCACUGGAGUCUCUUUCCACCAUGUCUGCCACACCACAAUAAACCUCACUCAUACAGGACUGCUGAAAAUACGGAGGCAAUAUUGAUCAACUUGAUAAUCAUUUAUUUAUUUAUACUAAAAAAUGAGGAAAAAUGAUGUACACAGUUUGUGUUUCAUCGUAAUACUCUAUGGGACUACUGAGCAGCUCUGCCUUCAUGUCUUUCGUGUAUAUAAUGUAUUAUAUAUUUAAAGCAGGGAGCAUUGUUCUUCUGUCUACCAUCAUGUGGACAAGUUGGUAUUGAUCAAGCAUCUCAGAGUAGUACACAUUAGUAAAUAGUGACAAAUAUUCUAAAUCAGAAUUCCUGCUACGCAGACCUGGACCAUUGUCAGUUGGGGGCAACCAGCACAUCUGUCCCCAUAUAAAGGCACCCAGACGUAUGCAGAUUGAUCAAAUAUUUAUGUUACAUUGUCAGUGAUUGUGUUUCAUUUCAACUUUUGAUGCAAGAACUAGAAAUAUUUUCAGUGGCCCUAAAUGAGACAGCAAAUACUCCGUUGUAAUGAAAUUUGAAAAGGGUGCGCAGGGAUUGAUUUAUGAAAUUCUGAUAUGGUUUAAAGGUAUAAAAUGAUGUCAGUGAUCAAGCCCUUGCUUUACUUCUCUUUGGUAUGUUGUACAUUGCUGCUCAGUGCUACUCAGUAAAGCUUGACCCUUUUCACCAUCCUGUUCACCUAAGCAGGAAUGGAGUUCUGACCAUAUAUAUAUAUCCUCUUUGCAGAUGACAUGCUCAUAUUUUUUCUUGGUUAUACACGGUUAUACUGCUAGUGCUGUGACGUAAGGGUGGGAACAAAAUGAGAUUGUAAAGCUAGUUUUAUAAGAGGUGGUAUCUGUAUGGAAAUCAUAGAAAAGCACAUAAGAAGAAUGUAAGGUUUUAAAGGGGUAUAUCACAUAUUUAGAAAGCAUUUUGAUUUUAAACACUCAGACCUCCCUCUGAGCUCAAGGGGAGUCAAAGAAAAGGGUCUCAUCAGUGGUAGAAAACCAACUCACUUGUGACAUUCAGGUUUUUCCACCUGCUGUCAAGAUUAUACUUAGAUGGUAUAUAUAAAAAAAUGUGAGUUAUUGUACAUGCAUAUGUGAUUUUUAAAAUCAAAAUGUCAUACUGGAGUGAAAGUUUGCUUGAAAGAUAAACAUCUGCAUCGUCUCUUUAGUCUACGUUUCCAGCUUUGGAGGUUUGGAUCCAACUUGUACAUUAAUAUACUAUAUUGUGGUUUUAAUGGUGGUGAACGGUAGCCAUUUAGCAGCAUUAAGUGUUUGGCUUGUACUGUUUUUAUCCACUGCAUACUUAUUUUUAGUUAAAGAUCUAUUAUUCUCAAAAAUGCAGCCAUCUCUAUGGCAGUAAAACAUAUACUUUAUGUAGACUAUUGUGACUAUGCAGAUGUUUAAUUUAGCGGGGGAAUGCAUCAAUAGUGUGGUGCACCUUUUAUAUUAGAUAACAUAAGGCAUGUGGAGUGAAAGUAAUUGUGCUGGGUGCCUUUAAUUUACCACCCAGCAUGUAUUCAAUUAAAGCUUCUUCAGUCAUAUAAAUACCUUAGGUUUUUGAGGAAGCUUCACAGUGUUUUGAUCCUACCCAAAUUUCCUGGUAUUGGCUUUUUACAACCACCCUUUUCCAACUUGAUUUUGAACUUAAAACCUAUGCCUGGGGCAUGAACAGUUGGUGAAUAGUACACCCUAAUAAGUGCCUCUCAUCUUUCAAGCACCAUUAUUUCCUCCCCCACCAAAAUACUAUGCCCCAAUUGUGCCCCAACUUUCUAUGAACUUACUUUUUGCCAUCAAUAUCUACAGGCAAUAAGAAGAAUGUCAGACAAUGUGUAUGUUGGAACUAAUUUAAUUUGCACUUUAUGAGAAAUAUGUUUUCCUAUUGUUUGACUAAAAAUGUCUGUAGGUGACUGACUUUUUGGUCUCAGUUCUUCUCAAUUAUUUACUAUAUAAUUAAUUAUUGUGUUUCCUUAUACUGAUUUUAUCACUACAUAUUUUCAAUGCUUCCAAUGGUGUUAAAUUUGAGAGUUAAGCACAAUGCAUUGGUAAUAUUUUUAAAACAAAUCAAAGCUGUUUAUCUGUUGAAAACUUAAGCAUCAUUGAUGUAGAGCACCAUUUUCUUGUAUAAGGCACAACAGUACACCUUCAGAACGUAAGCACAGGGUUUGACAGAAAUCUUUAAGGACAGUGAGAAGAUUAUAUGAUUUUGUACAAAGGUCAAAAGCACUAGCCAUUGAUGUCAAUAAACUUCAGCCAGAAAUUUUGGCUAAGUGUUUGUGACACUUCAGCAUAACCACUGCUAAUUACAAAAGUGUGAAAACUGAUAUUGAUCUGAGGUCAUUGCAGACAACUAUGAAUAUACAGUUUAGUUGAUACAUGUUGCCGUGUGAAAUAUCUUCAUUAAUUCAAAUGAAUUAUUGUCAGUUCUUCUGAAAUGGCGUGAUUUUAUCCUGACCGUCUUUUAUUAAGCAGUUCUCAUUUAUCAGGAUGAAACAAAGCACAGCAAACCAGCAGAGACUAAAUUUAUUGAUAUGUUGUUACUCUACAGUGAAUGUCAGCUGGGACUCCAUCAGGCAUGCAGUGAAGUGUUUAUGCAGGAGCUAAUUUUUCAGUGUCAAAUCAUGUUACAUAAUACAUUUCAUGUAACUGCAGAAUCAACAACUUUGGCAUUCAAAAUUGACUUUCAGAAGAGGGCAAUUUAAUUUCUUCACAUCAGUAUAUCAUAGACAUUGGGGAUUGCUGGAAUUACUCUGUAAUAAAAGCACUGCAUAAAAAGUCAGACUGAAGGUUUGACUUCUAGCAAAUGUACAAAAGCAAUACCUGAUAUUAAUAGCAAAAAAAAAAAACAUAUUUACAUACACAAAUGUGUGAGGAUAUAACAACCAUAAGAGGUUACACUGACAUCUUAAUGGUUUUAAGACGCUUCAUAAUGAUGAAAAGUGUUGGUGUAUAUGAAAACCGCAGAUAUAAAGCAGAGAGGUGGGCGGGGCUGUGUCUGGGCCAUGGUCCUGGCAGUAAAAUUCUUUGUUUCCCUCUAUAGUAUUAAUAUUUUGACAAGCUCAAGUUCAAGCAUUGCCAAUACUAAGGUGGUAUGAACUUUCUUUUGGCUGAAUCAUAGGCACAGACACAGGAUGUUUGAAAUAAGCCUGAACUGAUUUCCCAUCUCUAGCUGACAUCUUUGUAUCAACAGCCAGUGAGGAAGUGGGUAUUGUAGUAUUUUGUGCCACUGACAAACCAGACUGUGGGAAGAUGCUUUCUCUAAAGCAACUGUGCAUUGAAAUAUUUAUAAUUGACAUAAGAGUACUGAAGACUCCAAUGUUUAUGUGUUGAGUGACAUUGAGAUUUUGCUAAAAGUACCCUUUCAAAUGCAAAUUUUCUGUAAGAAAAAUACUUCUGUUACCAAUUGCCCCGCCCACUUUAUAACUGUAUAGUUAACUUCUCAGGAAGAGGAAAAUAGGAGAUAUACUUAUUUGGGUCAUGACAAAUUUGGCGUUAGGGGAAAAUGUGCAACUUUCACUUAGAAUGUCAGCAUACAAAAGCAGGUAUGUGAUAAUUUGGCAUUUCCCAGGUUAAAAACAAUGAUCUUGUUAUCGGUAACUCACACAUAAAGUUUUAAACAACUGAAUAACUGUUUUGUGAUUCUUUGAAAGCACAGUAAAAAUACUUUGCUAUUGAUGUGCUAUUGGUUUGUCUUUGAGACUGUCAUGUAUUAUGUUUGUGUUGAUGUUUUUGUAGUGUGUUCUCAAAUUCUAUAUUUUUGCAAUAAAACAUUUUUAA